AAAACCCACCAGACACGCCGUCUUACAGCUUCACUUCAGGCAACACACUUAGGCUACAGAAUCAACAAGUCACCAAGCAACCACCGGGCAUUAGUGUGCACUACGGAAUUUGCAUGUUUACCAGCUUACAUUCCCCUUUCCAUCCAGGGUCAUUUGUAGUUCAGUCUUAGCUGCAGCGAAAAUCUGAACGUCAGUGCUUUCACUGGAUGGGCACGAUGCUCGGUUGAAGAUUUAUCCUGCCAGUGGAAAAGCAGUCACCCAUCCGACCGGCCAGCCAGCCAGCGUGCUGCGUCGGAGAGAGAGGAGGGGAAGAGAUGUCCCCGUUAUUCAUGGACACCGGGUACGAUCCCAACAGCCCAGGCUCCCUGUCAGCUGAGGAGAGCAACAGCAACACAGCUGGAUCGGAGAGAGAAGGAGAGGGACAACAGGUGGGAGGCACAGGGAGAAAAAGACGAGAGAAGAACAGAGACGCGGCAAGGAAGACCCGCCGUAAACAAACAGAGAGAGCGGACCAACUUCAUGAGGAGCUUCAGUCUCUGGAGCGGACAAACUCAACCCUGCAAAAGGAGAUCACGGUGUUGAAAAAAGACCUCCACCGCUACAUGACAGCUCUGGCGCAUCAUGAACCUUAUUGCUGCCUGAGAGCUUCUGGGUCCAGCUCCAGCUCAACAAGCCGCCUUUCAGUUUCCCCCUCAGCCAAGUGUCAGACCAGUUCCAGCCCUCCUAAGGUUGCUCCUCAGACCUCAAGCUCCACUUUGGCUACUGCCCCUUCAAUCUCUACCUCCUUAACCUCCAGCCAGGGUCUUCAGACUCUUGGCUGUGUUGAAAAUUCUCAUCCCUCACCUUCAGCUUCUGCCCCAACAGCUACAACACUAUCCUCGUCUUCUGGCUCGUCUACUGAACUUGGCAUGGCCUCCUCCUCCAGCCCCGUGACUGUUCCUUAUUCAGUCUCAUUUUCCGCUCUCCCAGCGCCUCACUCUUUGUUUAGUGAAGAGCCUCCAAUCAACUCAAGGCCGACAAAUGUUACGCCUGUCUGCACUGCCCUUGUUUCAACCCAUAAUCCCUCUAGUACCCUCACCACAGCUGCUCAGCCUCAAUCUGGGCAAGACACCAUCCACAAAACCUCUUCAGUGCCAGCGAAUGCGUGUUUCAAUACGCUUCAUUCUGACACUCUGGAUGCGUUUUUAAUGAACCAAACAUCUUUUCUAACUGCGUCAUCUAAUGUGGUGCCACCUUACUCCCGUUUGGCGGGAGAAAAUGAAAGUCUAUUAACGCAAGGUUAUUCCAUGAAUGUGCCCCAGCAUCAUCCAGGUCAGUACAGUGGAAAUCCAAACAAUUCAACUCCGCUGUGUUCUCUUUUACCUUCAACUCUUCAAGAUCCUGCUCUUCAGUCCCUUACAGUCUCACCUAAGGCCAACUUGGAGCCGUCUCCUGCCCCCGCCUUUGCUUUAAAGCCAAGUUACAGACAACAAAUGACUCCCAAUCCUGUGUCUCUGCUCUCCCUCCUCACUGUCCCGAGCCCUCUGGACAUCUCUCAGACCACCUCCAACAGUUCUGACGAACUUAUCUCUCAACCUCCGCCCUCACUGACACUAUUGGCUGAUCCCACAAGCGACCUUUCCCUUUCUGAGUUGCUAGAGGUCAAUGAUUGGAUCCUAAGCGGGACUAGUGAUCAGUAGCAUUACAUGAGACACGGCAGAAGAGGACCAGCGUCCUUACAUCAAAAUGUUUUGAACUAUUUAACUGAACUCUGAUGAUUUAGGACUCAGACUGUGUCCAAAAAGAUCUGCUGUUUAGCUUGUUGGGAGUCAAAAUAUGAUGCAGACCAGCUAAAGCAACAGCUGUAAACUGCAAGGUUUUACAGACAGAUUUUCACAGCUGGCAUUAAGUUGGUACUUAUUCAUGGAAAACUGGCAUCAAUGGCCAAACAAAAUGUCUGGGCUGUUGCUGUUAUUCAGCUUUUUUGCUUCUUCUUAAAGGGAUACUACAGUGAUUUAGUAUUGUACUUUUAUAAGGUUAAGAGAUGGAACAAUGGCCAAAACUGAAGCAGCACAGGCCCAGUAUCCUGAUGUUUAGUUCCUAGUAUGGGUUAAGUUCCAACAAUGCUCAAUCCUACAUUUCCCAUAAUGCUCCCCAACAGAAUGUUCUAUUACACCCUCCAAGCCUGGGGAAAUAAACAAUACUUUUCAAACCCUGUGCCUCCAAUUUGUAACACAGGCUUUCUGAUAUAAAUUUGAUUCGACCAAGUUCCUAAUGACACAGAAGACAUUAUACAAAUGUUUCCACAAACUGAGUAACAGUCCCCGUGAUUAGUAAAUUGUUGUCUACAUCUGAAAUCGGUGGAGUUUCCCUUUCAUAACAGCAAAGAACCCAGACGACUUUGUAAAAGCCAAGCUAAGGUUUCAGAGACUGGAGUCACAUACUUGUUUUACUCCUUAUCUGCAGCUGCUAAAACCUCUCACUUUGUUGGACAACGGGCCAAAACUUUGUACAGUAACUGAGCGACUUUUGAGUGCAAGCCAUUCUAGUUGUAAUGUGACCCAACUAAAAUCCAGCAGUGGAAACUUUUUCACAGCUUUGAAUAUGUAAAAGACAUUUAGUUAUUCAUAGCCAGUUAUUCCUGAAUGAGUGAUUCAGCUUUGGAAACUUAAUUCAAAUGUAAUUUUAGACAGGGUGGGGUGGACACUUCCUUCUAACUUAAUGGAAAUGUCAUGCAAAAGUCUUAAGGAGAAAUUUUUUGCUUGGAACUGCAGUUUUUUUUUUUUACCAUGUUGAAAGUACAUAAUAAAACACACACUCUCCUCACAGUCUAAUAUAUUUUGCUGCUACUGAUGAUCAAUUCGCUGUUUGUUCAUUGUUAUCUGUAGUAUUUAUCUGUUGUCUGCUGCUCUAUCUGCUUAUCUGCUGGUGUCAAAGUGCAUAUUCUGAAACAAAUUUGUGCUUAACUAAAUAACCACAAGUAAGGACCCUAUCCUUACUUGCAGUAAUUACAUGACCAAAACCAGCUAAAUGUGUAUUCAAAAAAAAAUCACAUAUUUUUGGACUUGUAGUAAUGUUGAGUUUCACCAGUCUGUUUUACAAACUGAGCUGGUUUCACAGGCAGUACACCAGCGGCAGGCCUGUACUGAUCUGUCAGGGAAAAUGAGUAAACAGCAGCAUGAGCUGAGGAGGUUGUCAGGGACGGCUUCAUUAAGCAUGGCGAUGGUGAUGAGGGUUAUCAAGGGAGACACAGGUCUGGUGGUCCACCAAAAUCCUCACCCCCGAGAGUCUAAACCUAUGAUGAGAAAUUGUUGUAUGAUUGAUAUUUCUCUCAAUUCAAUUAUUGAGAGAAAUAAAUUCAUUUUUCCUUUUCAUUCCCCGUAACUGAUUAUAAGAGGACAAAGGCUGCUAAAAUCUGUUAUAGGAACUACUGCUUUAAAGAAAUGGAUUUUAUUUUUCUUUAUUUUUAGCUGUGCUUAUGCACUGUGAUUGUAUUACAAUGACGAGUUUGGUUUUUCAGAUGAUUUAUGUAAUCGAUCUGCUUUUUACAUAGUAUCUCUAUAGUAAUGUUGGAAAUAGGUGAUAGAAGCUUGUGAUUUAGACUGAGAGUUAUGUGUGUGUGUGUGUGUGUGUGUGUGUGUGUGUGUGUGUGUGUGUGUUAUGACCAUUUUGUAUUUAUCAUGCAUUAGAUUAAUAUAUUUAUGCUAUAAAACGGAUUGCAAUAAAACAUUAAU